UGGAAUUUGGAAAUGCACCAAUCAGCUACAAACUAGGCACACCUAAUCACAACACUUUGCUGAAAUUUGAAAAGAAAAAAUAAGCAAUAAUGUUGAUGCCGGUGCAGGCCACAUCUACCCUCCCGCGGUACAAUAAUGUGGGAGCCUUCGUCGUCUCCGGCGAGACAACGUUGGCCGUUGCUUCUUUUCCGGCUGUCGUCCUAAGGCCAACCUCGGGCAAAAGCCGGUUGAGAAAAACGGCCGGCGGCAGCCUAGGGUGCGGAGGAAGAGCUGGGUGCCGCGUCAUCAAAGCGGUGGCUUCAACUACUGCGGUUUCUGAGAAAGUGGCGACAAGUGUUAAGGCCGUUGUGACGGUCCAGAAACCAUCGGGAGGAAUUCUCAAACACUUGAGCUUGUCGGGAGGGUGUGACGAUUUAACUGACUUGCUUGGGAAGUCACUGCUUUUGGAAAUCGUUGCAGCUCAACAUGACCCCAAAACGGGGCGGGAGAAGAAUAGCAUCCAGGGGUAUGCACAUCGGCAGGGCGGGGCCGGAAGAAAGGAUGAGGAAGUGAAGUACGAGUGCAAUCUGGUAAUUCCUAAAGAUUUCGGGGAGGUGGGAGCAAUUUUGAUAGAGAAUGAGCACCACCAGGAAAUGUUUGUGAAGAAGAUCGUUCUAGAUGGUUUAUUCCAUGAUGGUGCCUCACUUAGCAUCAACUGUGAUUCCUGGGUCCACUCCAAAUUCGAUAAUUCUUCUAAGAGAGCUUUUUUCAGCAACAAGUCGUACUUACCAUCUCAAACUCCAAGCGGGCUGAAGAAAUUAAGGGAGAUAGAGCUAGCGGCACUGAGGGGCGACGGCACCGGCGAACGUCAAAAAUUCGACCGGAUAUAUGAUUACGAUGUUUAUAACGACAUUGGCGAUCCCGACGGUAGCGACGACGGGCUCCGUCCAGUUCUCGGCGGGAAGGAGCAUCCUUACCCGAGACGAUGUAGAACCGGGCGCCCUCUCUCCACGAAAGACCCUUCGUCUGAAUCAAGAAGCUCCUCUGUUUACGUUCCGAGGGACGAAGCACUCACAGAAGUGAAGAAUCUAACAUUCGCUGGAAAUACAUUUUAUUCGGUGCUUCAUGCUGUGGUGCCAGUAAUCGAGUCGAUCCUCGUCGAUAAUCUAGAUAUGGGAUUCCCACAUUUUCCAGCCAUUGAUGAUCUGUAUAACAAUGGGUUUAACAUUCCAUCUCAGCAAACCGGAGGAAUCCUAAAUGGCGUCGUACCUAGGAUCAUCAAGUCCGUAGCAGAUUUCGGAAAACAUGUCUUUCAAUUCGAAACCCCUGCAAUGAUUGACCGAGACAAAUUUUCUUGGUAUAAGGAUGAGGAAUUCUCUCGACAAACCCUUGCAGCAUAAAACUGGUAAAGGAGUGGCCAUUGAAGAGCAAGCUGGACCCCAAUGUCUACGACCCUCCAGAAUCUGCGAUCACAAAAGAGCUGAUUGAGAAAGAACUUACAGGUUCCAUGACCGUUGAUGAGGUACAU